AAGUUGGAACAUUCGGGCAACUUGCUUUCCCUACGCAGCACGACCCCCCCUCCCCGUGCACACGCCCCUCUCCAGGGGAAGCGGCCGCGCGGCGCCCAGCUCCUGCCUCGCCGGGCGCCUGAUCAGGGGUGGGACAGCUAGUCAGGGCCACGCCACUUUUAGCGUUGUGACCUUGGGUCAAGUUAUCACACCCCCUGUGAGCACCUCGAAUCUUCGCUAGCCAGCUGGGAGCAGCAGCAGCAUCGGACGCUCCGAGGGCGCUCGGAAGUGUCUGUGAGGCGCGCGAGCCGCUGGCGCCAAAGUGCGCCCCCGCGCGCGGAGACGCUGCGGGUCCCCAAAGUCGCGCUGACGCGGAGACCCCGUGCUUCGUCGCCUGUCUGCCUCUGAGCACCUGAGUUUUCAGGUGGCGAGUCUGGCUGGGCUGCUUGGAGCGCGAACAAGCCAAGCCGCAAUGCUUGGACAUGUAGAUUUCCCAGUAGCAAUGGAGGUGGAGUAUACCGACCAACAGCCCCAGCUGGCGACAUCAAUUCCCACCGAUUUACCGGACUUCUGCCCAGACUCUGAAAUGCCAACUAUGUCGAGGCCUGCACUGGAUGUCAAGGGUGGUACCACCUCUGGAAAGGAAGAUGCCAACCAGGAGAUGAACUCUCUGGCCUACUCUAACCUCGGGGUAAAAGAUCGCAAGGCAGUGACCGUCCUGCACUACCCCGGGGUCACCGCAAAUGGAGCCAAAGCCAAUGGAGUGCCCACUAGCCCCUCUGGAUCAUCAUCUCCAACAGGCUCUCCUACUGCCACCCCUUCUACCAAACCCCCAUCCUUCAACCUGCACCCCACCCCUCACCUGCUGGCCAGUAUGCAGCUUCAGAAGCUUAAUAGCCAGUACCAAGGGGCUGCAGCGACUGCUGCUGCUGCCCUGGCUGCACCAAGCCAACCAGGAGAGGAUGAGCCCCUGCUAAACUGGGGCACUGGGAUCCAGGCAGGAGCAGGGGGAUCACCCGGAUCAGUCUCUCCUGCUGGUGCCCAGAGCCCUGCUAUCAUUGAUUCUGACCCAGUGGAUGAGGAGGUGCUGAUGUCUCUGGUGGUAGAAUUGGGGCUAGACCGAGCCAAUGAGCUUCCCGAGCUGUGGCUAGGGCAGAAUGAGUUUGAUUUCACUGCAGAUUUUCCCUCUGGCUGCUGAUGCCAAGUGCCCCUAAAAAAAUGAGGAAAAAAAGCCACCAGUUCUGUUGUAAAUAAAAGUUAACUUGCAAAGAGA